CCCUCCCUGCAGGUCCCAGGCUCCUGGAGCAGCUCAGAGCUGGGGUCAGGGGAGCAGGUUUAUUGCCUUGGUGCCAGUCUGGACCUAGGUCUAGGGCACCAGCUGGUGCUGGGAUACAGGGCUUCUCCCCUCUGGUCAGCAGGCCCCUCUGGCCCCAGCUGACGCCCCAUCCCCACCUUGUGGAGAUUUCUCAGGGCCCUUUGUGUGCAGCAAGGUGGUGGGUUCUCAGCAGGACUGGGUCUGCAUCAGUGUGACUGGGAGCCUCUGCACAGACUGAACUCCUCUCUCCCCUCAAAGGGGGCCCCCAGCGCAGGCCAAGGCACAGCAGCCAGGAGCACGGGUGUAGUCUCUGAAGAUGUCAGAUGAGGACUUUGAGGAGGACUACGGUGCCAGUGAACGAGAAAAGGAGGGAGAGGAGGGGGAGGAAGAGAAGGAGCCAACAGAGGAGGAGGAGGAGGAGAGCUUGUCUCCCCGCCUUCUUACAGAGGAGAUCUUGAAGGAAGGCCUCUCCCUCUUGUGUAAAACUGGCAAUGGCUUGGCUCAUGCCUAUGUGAAACUAGAGGCAAAGGAAAAGGACCUGACAGAUAUCAGCCUUCUCCAGAACUACAUUCACUUGCGUUAUGUGGACUUGUCAGAGAACCAACUGCGAGAUCUGUCUCCUCUGGGUAGCCUCAUCCACCUUCUGUGGCUGAAGGUGGAUGGGAAUCGGCUGACCAGCACCCGUCUCACAGAGCUGCCCUACCUGCAGAUUGCCAGCUUCGCCCACAACCGCAUCAAGGACACAGAGGGCAUUACCCACCCACGCCUGGGCAGCCUCAACCUUAAAGGGAAUGAAAUCCAGGUGAUAUCGGGUCUGGAUCCAGGGAAGCUGACAAACCUGCACACGGUAGAGCUGCGAGGAAACAAGCUAGAAACCACCGCAGGGCUGCACCUGCCCAAGCUCAAGAACCUUUACCUGCUCCCUGAAGCCAACCCUGUAAGCCGUGUCGUCAGUCGCCCCUCCCUCCGUCAGAGCAACGGCAGACAAUCGUUCCGCGCUUUUUUUCUGUGCGGACGCCCUACCAAGGCAAGCAUGGAGGCCGCUCAGCUCACUUUGGCAAUUAGGAGCACAUUAAACACCACACGCAUUAUCCAGCAGUAUAUGCAGCACCAGAACCUGGCAAAGCGAUACUGCGCGAGGAGGCGACGUCAGCUCGGUCACGUGAGUGAUCAGGACAUGGACACAGAUUUCUCUGAAAGCAUGGGCCCUGCCAAUGCAUGCAUCAUGGUGCUAAUGGGGCAGGUUCAUGCUGUGGAACGCCGAUUCUGGGCUCGGAAACAAGCACAGACUGGUGGGACCGCAUAGUGUUGCAGGUCUGGGACGAUUCCCAGUGGCUGUGAAACUUUCGCAUGCGUAGGGGCACUUUCAUGGAACUUUGUGACUUGCUUUCCCCUGCCCUGAGGCGCAUGAAUACUAAGAUGAGAGCAGCCCUCACAGUUGAGAAGCGAGUGGCGAUAGCCCUGUGGAAGCUUGCAACGCCAGACAGCUACCGGUCAGUUGGGAAUCAAUUUGGAGUGGGCAAAUCUACUGUGGGGGCUGCUGUGAUGCAAGUAGCCCACGCAAUCAAAGAUAUGCUGAUAUCAAGGGUAGUGACCCUGGGAAAUGUGCAGGUCAUAGUGGAUGGCUUUGCUGCAAUGGGAUUCCCUAACUGUGGUGGGGCUAUAGACGGAACCCAUAUCCCUAUCUUGGCACCGGAGCACCAAGCCGCCGAGUACAUAAACCGCAAGGGGUACUUUUCGAUAGUGCUGCAAGCUCUGGUGGAUCACAAGGGACGUUUCACCAACAUCAACGUGGGAUGGCCGGGAAAGGUGCAUGAUGCUCGCAGCUUCAGGAACUCUGGUCUGUUUCAAAAGCUGCAGGAAGGGACUUUAUUCCCAGACCAGAAAAUAACUGUUGGGGAUGUUGAAAUGCCUAUAUGUAUCCUUGGGACCCAGCCUACUCCUUAAUGCCAUGGCUCAUGAAGCCGUACACAGGCAGCCUGGACAGUAGUCAGGAGCUGUUCAACUACAGGCUGAGCAAGUGCAGAAUGGUGGUAGAAUGUGCAUUUGGACGUUUAAAGGCGCGCUGGCGCAGUUUACUGACUCGCUUAGACCUCAGCGAAACCAAUAUUCCCACUGUUAUUACUGCUUGCUGUGUGCUCCACAAUAUCUGUGAGAGUAAGGGGGAGACGUUUAUGGCGGGGUGGGAGGUUGAGGCAAAUCGCCUGGCUGCUGGUUACGCGCAGCCAGACACCAGGGCGGUUAGAAGAGCACAGGAGGGCACGGUACGCAUCAGAGAAGCUUUGAAAACCAGUUUCAUGACUGGCCAGGCUACGGUGUGAAAGUUCUGUUUGUUUCUCCUUGAUGAAACCCCCCACCCCUUGGUUCACUCUACUUCCCUGUAAGCUAACCACCCGCCCCUCCUCCCUUCAA